CAAUAGAAUGCAGUCGAGUGCACGUUGACUCGCCGUGUGGAUAACAUUGCCGUGGUCGUGCACCAGCACAAGCUCUGGGCUCCCACCACUAGGAGGUGAACUGGCGAGGCAAGUUGCCGUUGAUUUUUGAUAGUGCAGUUGAUGCUGAAACGCAGGGCUCAUGAAAACUAGUGAGAUUUAAAAGGGUAUUAGUUCAUUUUUUGCCGAAAACUUUCGGUAGUUUUUGGACAAAUCACGAAUUCGAAAAGGGGUUUCAAGAAAAUUUUGUGUUUUUAAUUUAAUUUGGUGUUUGUGGUUAGUGUGAAUUAAAGAGGAUUAUUUAUGUUGUCCAUUAGGAGGAUUUUACUAAUACGACAAAAUGCUUGGUUGCCGUACGCUACUAGUCCUGUUACUAAUAGCUCUGACGAUAGCCACAGCAAAGGAAAAACCCAGAAAAUCGUCGAACCACCUGCGAACAGUAAACCCGGACCCAGACGAUGCUGAAUACCUACAAGUUGACGCCACUGGCAAAAACGUCGGCGUUAGAAAUAACAAUUUAAAGAGAGAGAAUAAAUCGACCGCUGACGAUGACAAGCCCAAAACGUUGUCUCAACAAAUAGCAGAUGGCAAGUACGGCCUCAUACAUAAAGAACUGUUCAGUAAACCUCCGAAAAGACCGAAUAUAUUAAGUUACGAAUUCAAUCCAGAGGUACCCAAUGACAAUAUUAACAAUUUAGGAGGUUUGGAUAAAAACGAGAUUUGGUUGGCCGAAAAUCAUCUUUUAGUAUUGAAAGGUGGUGGUUUCCCACCCCAUGAUGAUAGAAGGGAUAAUGAAGAGUCACCUUGGGCCCCCUUAGAUAACUACAAAGCCCCGUUGCAUCAGGUUAAAAUCCCCAAAAACCCGAAAGUGCCGCCGCCCUUUCCUGUCCAGUUUACAGAAAACGGGCCGCUCCAAAUCCUGGGCACAAACUCUACGCGAACGUUUAAUGGAACGUACGAAGAAGCCCUCAACGCUAUACCGCCCCCCGAAGGUUAUCCUCCAUUCGCCCCGCCGUUCCUCCCACAACCUUACAAUACCGAUUCGACCAACACUACUGCCAGGCCAAUUGCGCUGCCAGUACCUUUCAACACUCCGGGGGAGUAUCCAGCGGGGGUGCCGUUCCCCCCUUCCCUCUUGAACGGAACGUUGCCGCCUUCCUUAAGUUAUUUACCCCCAGGCACCGUCGUGUUACCACCACCAGGAAACCAAACAGAUUACCCAGAUUACGACGACCCGUCGAUAUACUAUCCGCCGCCAUACAGCUUUUUUUACCCUAAAGACAAUAAAUCAUUAGUAGCCGCUGGACCUUUAGUACCCGGAAUAAUUCUACCCCCACCACCGAAUUUCUUUGCUCCGUUAGAAGAAACGCACACACCAAACCCAACGCGAAAACCUAACCGUUACAGAAAACCUACCACAACUCAGGUGACUAUAAUAAAAUCUACUAGCUCACUCCCUACUACCAAGAAACCGACAUCACCACAAAAGACAGUCAAGAUUUACCCAGUAAAGAACCACCAGUACAUCAAGGAAAUAAAAAUAACAACCUCGACAACUCCUGUACCGAAAAAAUCGGUUACAGUACUUCCAGAAGUUUUUACUGUACCUCCUCACAGUCUAAAAUACAGACCUCCCCAACGAAAGAAACCUGGAAUUACUAUAUUAAAACCUGUUUCGCCUCCUAAAGUCUAUGUCUAUGAAAAUGAAAUACCCAACAGGCCAUUCAAGAAUUAUGGACCACCGCCAGAGUUAAAUAAAAUAGCUGUUACUAGCACCCAAGUGCCUCUUAGAUACCAUACAACUUCUCACGAUAUAGAAACUAACUCAGUAAGUGAAGAUACUGAACAACGACAAAACUUAAGAAAGGGUAAAUUUAUUAGAACAACUGUUAAACCAGUACAGUAUUACUUCUAUGAAGAACAAAACAAAGAAUUCGAAACACCUAACAGAGCUCCUAAAACAAAUUCCUAUUCAGACACCAAUGAACCUUACUAUGUAAGACCAAAACCUAUAGCACCUGUAAGGCAAAGAAGACCACAAUAUGUAUAUGUCACUGCGAAGCCUUACAACACUCAAAAGCCUAGAUUUAGGUUCAUCCAGCAAACCGUUAAUCCAGAUAGUUACAGUAUACACAUCAACAAUCUUAAAAAUCAAAUUAAUAAGUAUUAUACGACUCCUAGGACUACAUACAGAACCGUUCCAAAGCCUGUGUAUCAAUUUAGCUUCCAAGCGAAUAAUUUUCAACAACAGCAGCAAAAUCACUUUAGACCUUCACCUGAGGUAAAACAACAGGACCAGUUCCAACCGAUACCAGCAAAAUACACAGUCGAGAUUCAGCAAGCCAUUGAAAUUGUUCCAACGGAAGCUCCAAACUAUCAGAGCAAUUCAAGACCAAUUUAUUACCAACACACUACAGAGAGGCCUUACUAUACCACUCCAGUACCUGAGUAUAAUAGAGAAGUAACACCCAGACCGAAAUAUCAACAAAAUGUUGCUACUCCGAGACCUAUAUCAGAAUAUUCAUUUGAAGCUACACCAAAUCCUCUUUACCAAGGGUACUAUACAAAACCUGAUGAAAACUAUUUUGAUGAUAGAACGAAGACAUACUUUAAUAUGUUUGGUAGAAAGUUACCAAGUGGGACUACCCCUCUACCAAGGAUAGAAGCAAACCCUACACCUCAAGGGUCUUAUCAGCAGAGACCCAUAUCAUUAGAGGGAGAUACUUUAGUAAAUUAUGUCCAUCCUAGGCCUAAUAUAAAUUCCGAAGCAGAAAGUAUACAUGUGAAGGAUACUCCUAGUUAUUCUAAUGUAGUAAGGUACCCAUCAAGGCAUCCCCAAAGUAAUCCUGAAGUUAUUAAAGCAAUACCUAUAGAAGUACCAUCAAAAGAAACUCAAGAUGGAUCCUUCAUUUCUUAUCAGUUACCAGGUGACGAUGGAGCUCAUUUUUACUUCCUGACACCACAGUUAGCUCAACGUAGGGACCAAGGUGUAGGUUUCUUUUAUUCUAAGGCUAGGCGGAGAAGGAAUGAAAAGACUAUAGACAGAUGAAAAAGUAGUGGUUGUGUAUUAUCCAUUUAUUUUUGAAUAACUAGUGCCUAUUUUUCAAUUUGGUCUGUGAUCGUGUAGCUUUUUGGUGAUAAACAGGUAAAAGGAUGAACUGUGGAUUUUUUAGUGAAGAACAAUAUUUAUAUUGUGUGUACAUUGGAAUUUAUGACUGUUUAGAUUAAUUUUGGCAGAUGGUUCUAAAAAGUCAGAACCAGCUGUCAACUUUUUCAGUUAAUUUUGUCAAAUUAUAAUGAGUUAUCUAUAUACUGGGCCAUUUUCAACAAAAAUGUAUUUCUAGAAUAGGAGAAAACAAUUUUUACAUACAAAUCAAGUAAAUGUAGAUAAGAUCUUCCUAACAAAGUGUGUUUAAAAUGUAAAUAAGUAAUUGUAUAAAAAUAUUUGUUUGUUUUUAAAACUACAUCACUUUUUAAUUAUGCAAAUGUACUAAUAUUCUCGGGCACAGUAUAUAGUAGUAUUAUAAUGUAAAUAUAAGAAAAAUUUUAAUUAAAUACUUUACAACAGAAAGUGAUCUGUUAAUAUUAUGGUCAUAUUGAUAAAUAAAUGAAAUUAUCAAAUCUUUAUAGAGUAAUUUACCGGCACAAAAAGAGCAAACAUAAUUAUUUAAGUAGCUGUCAAUCAAGCCUUCUAUUUUUUAUAUUUUCAUAAAAAUGAACUUUAAUAAACAUUGACAGUUCCUAUGAAAUGUAAAUUAUGCUGUUAAAUAAUUAAAAAUCAUUAAUAAAGAUUUUUUUAUUUAUAAAUUAUAUAUGUUUAUUUAAAUAUUCAAUUUAAUAACAUUAUACCUGAAGAGGUCUUUACAAGGUGUUCACAAAAAUGCGUUCCUUAAAGGCAUGCGUAUUUAUAACAAACAAGAUUUAACUUUUUUUUUUUUCAUAAAGACAUCCGUUUAUCCAUCUGUAUCUGUAACGUGUGCGGGUUGAGUUACCCCACGGCACUUAGACCUCACUAGGCCCAUUGUGCAUCCUCCUAAGAUAUAGCUCGUGAGCCAGCCUACAGAUUUAAUGUAGUUGACAACUUUGCCAAGAGGUGCUUCUAUUAUAUCAGCCGGUGUCAACGCCGAUACUCGCAGAACACAAAUCUUCUAAUAAAUGAGAGCGUCGUGCAGUCGUAGAGGAUAUGCUUCUUGUUCGCACCCCUGCAGAGUGCAGAUUCUGACAACCUCAUGAUAUGGAGAUGCUUCCGUACUUAAGAAUGACCAGUCAGAAUGCCUGUGACCAGGCACAUAUUCUGUCUAGUUAUAGUCAAGUAUCUGUUUGAUUAAGUGUUGACAGGAUAAUUUAAAAGCUCCCUGGCAACUCUGCAGUUUUUUGUUUCAUCCUAUCUUUCCUUGAAUUUCACAAGCGAAUGUUUUUUAAUAAGGUCUGUCACUACCGAUUUUGUCAGGCCAAUAGAAGGGCCAGAUCCAAAAAGUAUUUGGUUGUCUGCUUUCUUGAAGUGACCACAUUAUUGAUGGAUACUUUGGCCAAAGCUUCGUGACAUUCUAGUAAUAACCCUGAGUAAAUUCGUUCUGUUCAGGAUGAGUAGUGCUUGUCUGCUAUCUGUAUAGAUGAGCAUUUUCCUACCAAUGAUAUUGUCUCUGGUUAUUUCUGUUUGAACUACACUGGCACUAUUAUUGUUCACUGCCUAUUUUAUGUUUAGGUUUAAGGAUCUGGAGUAUAAUCCACAUCCUGAGCCUUGUUUUGUUUUAGAACUGUUGGUGUAGAUAUGAAUCAUUCCUGAAACUUCUGACUCUUCUAUUUGUUCUGUUCUUAUGGAAGAUAUAUCUCUGUGAGAUGGAGUCCCUGUUCGCUUGAAGCAGUGGGAGCGUAUCGAGCCCCACCUGUCAAAAGCGACGUCUCGCCUUACAAGAUCUUACAUCAGAUUCUAUACCAACCAUGCAGAGGCAUAUCAUUAUCAUCAGAGCAUCCCCCUUGAUGUAAAUAUCAAGAGGAGUGAGACUAAGAAUGACCUCCAUGGCUCUGGUCGGUGUGGUUUUAAUGCCUCCUGUUAUGUUGAGACAUGCUGCUCUUUGAAUUUGUUCUACUUCGCAAGUAUCUGUCAAUUUUUGGGUUUUCGGUACCCAGACAUCUGCACCAUAUGUUAGCAUAGGUCUUAUGAUGGCCGUGUAAGUCCAUGUGACGACUCUGGGGAAGAAACCCCAGGUGCGCCCCACGGUUCGGCGGCAUUGUUCAUAAGCAAUGUAUGCUCUUUUGAUACUGUUUUAAGUGUGAGUUCCAUGUUAACUUGCUGCCAAAGGUGAGACCUAGGUACUUCACCUCUGUUGCAAAGUUUAAUUUUGUGUUUAAGAUUUCUGGAGGUUUCAAUUUCAUUGUCAUCCUUUUCCUUGUGAAAAGGGCCAUUUCUGUCUUCUUGGGAUUUAUACAGUGUUCUAUAAUUUUAAGAGCAGAGUAUGUUCUCAAAAUUCCCUUGAUUAAGUAAAUACUUGAUUGGUGAAUUAUAUAGGGCAAUUUUAAAAGAUGAACAAACAAUGUUUUGAAGUUAAAAAUUUUAUCAAACUUAAAUUCAGUGUCACUUUAUUUUUUAAUGUUUACAAUAAAAUCAUGUCUUGUUUUGUGCCGUACUGUACUAAUACUACAGUGAAGAAUAUUUAUUUACUUUUAAAUGAAGACUGAAGAGAAACAUGAAGCAAGAAUAUCAUGUGCAAAAAACUUCAAUAUCUUAUUUUUGUUGUAAAGACCAUUUUGAUGUAAGUUUUUAUUCAUUAAAUAUUAGAAACAUAAUAA